CCCCCCGUUAGACUACUACAUAUUCAGAACAUUGUCAGUGGUCCUCUACUCAUGUAGGCUACUGAUGCAGAAGAACACCCGGAUGAAGGAAUUGCAGCUCGACGUUUCGAUUUUUAAAAAAUUGAUCUUAGAUCAUUUGUAUUUUAUUUAGGCAACAACUAUGAAUUACUACAUUCUGUCCUUAAUAUGGGCGAUAACAUUACCUGCGUGCAUGGCCGUCCACGGAUUAUACAAUUUCGGUCAGCCCGAGUUAUUCUUCAAAAAGAAUAACUGCAAGCCCAUCCCGGCCAAUCUUCUCUUGUGCCAUGAUAUCGAAUACACCGAGAUGCGCCUCCCGAAUCUUCUCGGGCACGAGACCAUGAACGAGGUUUUGCAGCAAGCCUCUUCGUGGAUUCCACUGGUCCAGAAGCAGUGUCACCCCGACACGAGGAAGUUUCUUUGCUCUCUCUUUGCACCGGUGUGUCUGCACGAUUUGGACGAGCCUAUCCAGCCGUGCAGGUCGUUGUGCGAGAGCGUCAAACACGGUUGCGCACCGGUGAUGUCCGCGUUCGGGUUCCCGUGGCCAGAUAUGCUUGACUGCGAGCGCUUCCCCCAAGACAAUGACCUGUGUAUCCCUCCAGCGGACAUCGAUUAUUUCAUGCCAGUCACCAAAGAAGUGCCCAGAGUGUGUGACGCCUGCAAGGAAAAGGAGGAAAAUGACAAUGAAAUAGUUGACAACCUUUGCAAAAACGACUUCGCCCUGAAGAUCAAGGUAAAGGAGAUCUCCUACAUGAACGGCGACACCAAGAUCGUGCCCGAGACCAAGAGCAAGACCAUCUACAAGCUGAGCGGCGUGACGGAGCGCGACCUGCGCAAGACGGUGCUCUGGCUCAAGGAUGGCCUGCAGUGUGUGUGCGACGAGAUGAACGACAUCAACGCCUCCUACCUGGUCAUGGGCCAGAAGAUGGAUGGCCACCUGGUCAUCACCUCGCUCAAGCGCUGGCAGCGGGGCCAGCGUGAGUUCAAGAGGAUCUCACGCAGCAUCCGCAAGCUGCAGUGCUGAGCGAAGCAAGACUCAAGACCCGAUGAGUCUUAUCUAAACUCUAAGAGCCGGAUCUGGUCCGAU